AUGAGCCCCUCCCCGGCGGACGUGGUUGGGCUUGCCCAGCGCAGUAACAUUGACCUAAACUGGAAGUCUGGCACGUUACUAGGAAACACAUCAAAGCAGGUGUCUUCAAAGUGUAUGUCAGGGGGAAUCUCUGCUAGCAUAGCCACCAGCAGGCUACGAGCCGAGGGAAUGGGCUCCAACGACCACGCCGUACCCUUCCUUAACCAGGACUACGAGGCUCUGAGGCAGCAGUGUCUGGAGACGGGGUGUCUGUUCCAGGACCCCUCCUUCCUAGCCGAACCUCCCUCUCUGGGCUUCAAGGAACUGGCCCCCUACUCUGCCAAGACCAGGGACGUGGAAUGGAUGAGACCAACGGAGCUGACAGAUGACCCUCAGUUCAUCCUGGGAGGAGCUACCAGAACAGACAUCUGCCAGGGAGCACUAGGUGAUUGCUGGCUCCUAGCAGCCAUAGCCUCUCUAACCCUUAAUGAGAGGCUGCUCCACCGAGUGGUCCCUCAUGGUCAGUCCUUCCAAGAGGACUACGCUGGGAUCUUCCACUUUCAGUUCUGGCAGUUUGGUGAGUGGGUGGACGUGGUGAUUGAUGACCGGCUGCCAACGAAGAAUGGAGAGCUCAUGUUCGUCCACUCGGCCGAGGGCAAUGAGUUCUGGAGCGCCCUGCUGGAGAAGGCCUACUCCAAGCUGAAUGGUUCCUACGAGGCUCUGUCUGGAGGCAGCUCCACAGAAGGCUUUGAGGACUUCACCGGCGGUGUCUCUGAGAUGUACGAGCUCCGGAAGGCUCCACGGGACCUGUACAGGAUCAUCAGCAAAGCCCUGGACAGAGGCUCAUUGCUGGGCUGCUCCAUCGACAUCACCAGUGCCUUUGACAUGGAGUCGGUCACGUUCAAGAAGCUGGUGAAAGGACAUGCUUACUCAGUCACCGGCCUGAAGCAGGUGGACUACCAGGGUCAGGUGGAGAGGCUGAUCAGGGUGAGGAACCCCUGGGGACAGGUGGAGUGGACUGGGGCCUGGAGCGACAAUUCUCCUGAGUGGGAUGAGUUGGAUCCAACUGAGAGAGAGGACCUGCAUCUACAGAUGGAGGAUGGAGAGUUCUGGAUGGCGUUCCAGGAGUUCCUGAGGCAGUUUUCCCGUCUGGAGAUCUGCAACCUGACGGCGGACGCUCUGAGUGAGGACGGCCUCAGCCACUGGAACACCAUCAAGUUCCACGGCAUGUGGAGACGGGGGAGUACCGCCGGGGGCUGCCGCAACCACCCCAACACGUUCUGGAUCAACCCCCAGUAUAAGAUCACUCUGCUAGAGGAGGAUGACGACCCCGAGGAUGACGAGGUGGCCUGUAGCUUCCUGGUGGCUCUGAUGCAGAAGGAUAGGAGGAGGUACCGGGGACAGGGACAGGACAUGCACACCAUCGGGUUCGCCAUCUACGAGAUUCCAGAAGAGUACAGGGGCUGUCAGAACAUGCACCUAAAGAAGGACUUCUUCCUGACCCACUCAUCCUGCGCUCGCUCGGAGACCUUCAUCAACCUGAGAGAGGUCAGCAACCGUCUCAGUCUGCCUCCAGGAGAAUACCUCAUCGUCCCCUCCACCUUCGAGUCUGGCCAGGAGGCCGACUUUGUCCUCCGAGUCUUCACUGAGAAACAGUCCGAGACAGAAGAGCUUGAUGAUAUCAUAUCUGCAGAUCUGGAAGAUGAGGACCACAUCAGUGAAGAUGACGUUGACGGCGCUUUCAAAUCCAUGUUUGCUCAGCUUGCAGGAGAGGACAUGGAGAUAUCUGUCCGUGAGCUCAGGACCAUCCUGAACAGGGUGGUGACUAGACACAAAGACCUGAAGACAGACGGUUUCAGUAUGGAGUCCUGUAGGACCAUGGUCAAUCUCAUGGAUAAAGAUGGCAGUGCCCGUCUCGGCCUGAUAGAGUUCCAAAUCCUCUGGAAUAAGAUCAGGAAGUGGCUGGUCAUCUAUAGAGAAUAUGACAUGGACAAGUCAGGAUCCAUGAGCUCCUAUGAGAUGCGACUUGCUGUGGAGUCGGCAGGUUUUAAACUGAACAACAGGCUGAAUCAGGUCCUGGUGGCUCGCUAUGCUGAGAACGAGGCCAUAGACUUUGACAACUUCAUCUGCUGUCUGGUGAAACUAGAAGCCAUGUUUAGAUCUUUCCAGCAACUAGACAAAGAGGGAGAAGGUGUGGCUGAGAUGAACAUCACUGAGUGGCUUUAUAUGACCAUGUGUGGUUGAAGAGGACCAGUCUUAUCCCAGGAGACAGAACAGCCAAGUGCCCGGCAGAGUGUCUCUUCCAUGGGACCAUGAAGAGCUCCCUAGCCUUACUGUCCUCUGCCUGAUCCUGGACUAUAGGGCUGUACUGUACUGAUGUUGUAUUUCCCCAUUGUCCUUUCCAGCACGGCUCCUGUCACUAUGGUGACAGCAUAACCAGUUCGGCCCUAUAGUGUGAAUCAGUUACUCCUGCCAAUCUACACUACAGCACGCCAGCUACAUUACAGCACACCCACGCCACCUCACCCACUCCACCUCACCCACGCCACCACGCCAGCUACAUUACAGCACACCCACGCCACCUCACCCACGCCAGCUACAUUACAGCACACCCACGCCACCUCACCCACGCCAGCUACAUUACAGCACACCCACGCCACCUCACCCACGCCACCACGCCAGCUACAUUACAGCACACCCACGCCACCUCACCCACGCCACCUCAGCCAGCCAGCUACAUUACAGCACACCCACGCCACCUCAGCCAACCCCAUAUAGCAGUGAGGGUACUAUUAGCCAUGUAAUGCAGGUUGAGACCGUUCCAAGCUAAAGACCACACACCCCAUGCUACAGGGGUUACUUAACUAUACAAAAUGUUGGAAUUGUUCGAUAGAAAACAGUCACUGUAGAACUGUAGAUGUGUCUGUAAACAGCAUGGAUCACAGUAUAACUUGUAUUGAAGACAUUAUUUGACUAUGCCCAGUAGGGGGCAGUAUUGACUAGUCUCAGAUCUGGUGUGUGGUUAUCAUGUUACUGCAGUUGUAGAAUGUUACUGUGUAUGAGGAAAUACAGUAUUUUAGUUAUUGAACUGAACACUCAAACGUAUAACUGAUCUGGCUGAAAGUAUAGCAAAUCAUAGUUUUAUGGGUUUUAAAUAUUUCAUAUUCUGAUAUUAUUUUAGACACUGACCAAGUGGAUUGGAUUUACAAUGCAGAUUAAAGGGAUGGUUGAUGGUUGAUUUUGGGGCAGAUUAAAGGGAUGGUUGAUGGUUGAUGGUUGAUUUUGGGGUAUUAUUAAUCUUACCUUGAGUUGUCUAUAUGGAUUAAUUAUCACUAAAACAAAAAGGAAGCUGUGAGAGAAAGAGUCCAACAUAAUACUGAAACCAAGCAAUGCCUACUGUCUAACAAGCUGUCUGCCUAUAAUGAGACACAGCUCGUUAGUGACAUUUCAUUACAUAUUUCAAAGUAGUAGAUAAAAGAUCACUUUUAUUUAUCUCUAUUAUUUCUGAUUCCAUCUAAUAUCCACAUGUUGCUGUUCGAGAAAUUCUGAUUGUGUCAAUCCUGUCUCCAAAAGUUAGUGAUUGUGAAUGUAGGGUGUGCCUUCAAUAAAGACAUGUUCAUG